AUGGUUCCGUUGAGAUCGCUAAUUCCAGACCCGAUCAACAAGGGUUUGACACGAGCACGGCCCAAUUCACCGUCGUUGUCCUCUGCAAGGUUGCGCAGCACGUCUCUGGCCAGUCGACUGUCCAACGACCGCUCCAGAAACGGAAUCAGGUCGUCUGGCUGCACACCGGGCGUGUCGAUCAGCUCCAACAAGAUCGGCGUGGUAUAUGGCUGGGGACCUCCUUCCAGGUCGGUCUCAGGAGUGCCCAAGAUCGAAUGCAUCCCGGCUCUUUCGUACGGGGAAUUAAACGGACUAUGCAUGCUGCCAAAUUGCAACGGAGACAUCCGAGACGAGAGCGGAGACGCCGAACCAUCGAUGCCGGAAUAG